UUAAUCCUUACGGAGUCAUAUGGCGCAACUAACUGUCACGUAAACAUUAGACAAGCUAAUGAUACGAGCAGCUUUUUAAGUGAGUGAACGAGGAAGGGAGUCGAACAAUACAAAACCAAUGACUUGUUUAAUUAAUCGGUAAUUUACAUAAAUUCAGCUCUGAAAAUAGUUCUGGGAAUUGACUUGGAAGCAGGCGUAGCUAGCUAGCUACUAUCCACAAGCAAUGUUGAUUGUGGAGGGGAAAGUGGGAAGAACAGCUGGCUUGAUAGCAAGUUAGUUAGCUCACGUUGCUACGUAGCUAGCUAGCUUGCUGCUAUUGACAGGCAAGUUUUUUCCCUCGACAGAUGCAGUUAACAAUAACCCGUUGUCUUGAAGGCAACUAACUAGCUAACUUGCUAGGCCUCGCGUGAUGCCUCGAUCUUGACUGACGCCUUCAGGCGAAGGGGCUUGUGGAGUCUUCGGAAGAAGCAGGGGAGGCGCUUCGUCAGAACGGCCACAGCCCAUGAAGGAGUCAUAAAUGGACCGGAUGGAUUAACACAGCACUGCGUCUAUGACCCUCCCGCCAGGCUGGAGAGAUGUACCCACCCUCCAGGAAGGAUUUCAUUUCAUUAACUCUCACUGAACGGGACGGUCACAGCUACAACAACAGCAAGCACUGGCGCCGGCAGUCCUGCUGGAGGAAAUGGAAGCAGCUGUCCCGGUUACAGCGUAGUCUUAUCCUCUUCCUGCUGGCGCUGCUGCUGGUUUGUGGGAUUGUGUCCUAUCACAACCUGACAGAGCAGUGGAGAGGACUCUCUGACAGGUCUGUGAAGGAUGACUGGGAUGGUGAAGACAGCCGGGGCCUGAAGCCUUUCCUCCCAGGAAUCCUCCCAGGGGUCCUCCCAGGGGUCCUACCAGGGGCGGUUCCAGGGGUCAUCCCAGAGGUUAUUCCUGAGCCAAAGAAACAGAACGACCUGGUCCUGCCCAAGCCCCCUUCUGCGAAGAAGCAGCUGCCAAACAAACGCGGGCCCCCGAGCCUGCAGAACCGGCUGAAGCGAGAGAACGAGACGGACUGGCAGGCGAAGGAGAAGCCCGGGCCGGAGGUGAAGAACGGAGAGGAGGAAGAGGAGGGAGGGAAGCCGGUCAUCAGCUGGCGUGGUGCUGUUAUCGAGGCCGACCAGGCCACAGAGCCCCAGCCCUCUGCUAAGGAAAAGGACACAGUACCUGCCGAGGCUGGAGAUGGCGCCCCCGUGGGGCCAGUUACAGCGCGCAAUGCGGAACGGCUGGAGGCAGUGAAAGAGGCCUUCAGGCAUGCCUGGAAAGGCUACAGGGAGUUUGCCUGGGGUCACGAUGAGCUGAAGCCUGUUUCCAAGUCGUACGGGGAGUGGUUUGGUCUGGGCCUGACCCUGAUUGAUGCACUGGACACCAUGUGGAUCCUGGGCUUGAAGGAAGAGUUUGAGGAGGCCAGAAAGUGGGUGGACACGGAGCUGUCCUUCUCGAAAAGCGUGGACGUGAACCUGUUCGAGAGCACCAUCCGCAUCAUGGGCGGACUGCUCAGCACCUACCACCUGAGCGGGGACAGCCUGUUCUUCGACAAAGCUAAAGAUAUUGGAUCCAGAUUAAUGCCUGCCUUCAACACCCCCUCCAAAAUCCCGUACUCAGAUGUGAACAUCGGGAAGGGCACAGCGCAUCCCCCUCGCUGGACCUCGGACAGCACCGUGGCAGAAGUGACGAGCAUCCAGUUGGAAUUUAGGGAGUUGAGCCGCCUGACCCAGGACCCCCGCUACAGGGAAGCGGUAGAUGAGGUGAUGAGGAUGGUCCACAAGCUGGAGGGGAAGCAGGACGGCCUGGUGCCCAUGUUCAUCAACACCAACAGCGGGCAGUUCACCCACCGCGGGGUGUUCACGCUGGGCGCGCGGGCCGACAGCUACUACGAGUACCUGCUGAAGCAGUGGCUGCAGGGGGGCAAAAAGGAGACGGAGCUGCUGGAGGACUAUGUGCAGGCUAUAGAGGGGGUGAAGAAGAACCUCCUGAGACAGACCGUCCCCAUGAAGCUCACCUUUGUAGGGGAGCUGUCCAACGGGCGAUUUAGCCCUAAAAUGGACCAUUUGGUCUGCUUCCUGCCUGGGACGCUGGCUCUGGGCGCCCAUAAUGGGCUGCCCUCCGACCACAUGGACCUGGCCAAGCAGCUGAUGGAGACCUGCUACCAGAUGUACGCCCAGAUGGAGACCGGUUUAAGCCCCGAGAUCGCACACUUCAACAUGCAGCCCCGCAACGGUCGCGACGUAGAGGUCAAGCCUGCAGACAGGCACAACCUCUUGAGGCCAGAGACGGUGGAGAGCUUGUUCUACCUGUACAGGUUCACCCAGGACAGGAAGUACCAGGACUGGGGCUGGGAGAUCUUUCAGAACUUCAACAAGUACACCAGGGUCCCCUCUGGUGGCUACACCUCCAUCAGCAACGUCCGUGACCCUUUAAACCCAAACCCCCGGGACAAGAUGGAGAGUUUCUUCCUGGGGGAGACGCUGAAGUACUUCUACCUGCUGUUCUCGGACGAUAUGGACCUUAUCAACCUGGACAAGUAUGUCUUCAACACAGAGGCCCACCCGUUCCCCAUCUGGGUCACCGCUCCGUAACAGGAAGCGCACCUGCUGCCACAGGAAAUGACGCGUAGACGUAUGCUCACCUCAGGGCUUCCAUGGAUGACGAUCUGACAGUGAGCAGGGGGACACGCAACUGUCUUUCCUUCUUUCAGUAGCUUUGUUUUGUCCCCUUGCCAGUGUUCCUCCUUCAGAGGUUCACCUUGUUCUGAUGCGUUUUGCUCAGUGGCAGUUUGAGGAAUUGAUCGCAGUGGCCUUGAGAAACAUAUAAAAACUUUUUUUUUUUUGACCUCCACUGGUAGUGGAGGUCUGACUUUGCGUCCUGUAGGUUUUAAAUGUAGUUUAUUUUUGCGGUUUAUUUUUGGGUAAGGAGGGCACCAGCCAUUGCCCUGCUUUCCCCUCGGGCUUUUGUGUUGAUUGAGCUGGCUUGUCCAGUAGCGAUGAUUUAGAGGAUAAGGAGAUGCAUACGGCAGAACCAGGAGACAUGGAAAGAACAGACUCUCAGGCACUUUCUAAUUCAGCUGUUUUAAGGUAUGAGCCGCCAGUGGGAACACCACGGGCCGCUGUCAGAGGCUUGCAUGCACCACACAGGAGGCGACUCUAACCUCCCACUUUCAUAGCUGGACCUGUUUUCCAGUUCUGUUCAAAGAAAGCAAAGGGCCCGAGGUCAGAGCCAAGAGAGAUGAGGGAGGCCAUGAGUGCCCCUCUACCCUCUCUUUGCUCUGGCACUAGUUGGGUCCGCAGCCAGUUGCAGCUAUCACAAUGUGAAGCUUUUCUAGUGAAGAAAUGCCAAGUACUUGAUACAUGAAGAAUUUACUAAUAGUUUGAUUUUUUUUUUCUUUUUUUAGUUGG